AUGUGGGAUGCUGAGGCCAUGACGCCUAAAAUCUUCAUCGUUCGGCGCGGCAAGUCGCACGGUCGGCCCGGCAAGCUCCUGAACCCGGCGCGGCUUAUGCACGCCUUUGUGAGUCCGCGAAAGCGAGCUAGGCAGACUUUCGAUUAUCUUUUAGGCACGGGGAACAGUGCCAGCUCCCCGAUCCCGGCCGAAAAAGUCACCAUGAUUGAACAGAUUGCCGAGUGGGACUAUGGAAACUAUGAGGGCAUGAAGGCGCCCGAAAAUGAAGCGUUGCGGGCGGAAAGCAAAGGGACUCGAUGCACAGAGGAACUAGAGCGUAUGGAGCGACGGGUGCGAGGGUGA